AUUCAUUAUAAAUUUGACUUUUUAUUUUUAUUUUUUUUUUUUCUUUUUAAAUUUACAUUUGCCAUAUAAAUAAAUAUAUAUUUUUUCAAUAUAUAUCAUAUACAUAUAUACAUAUUAUAAUCUGCUAAUGGCAAACGAUUGGAUUACAAUCUUUGACAAUACACAAGAAGCAAGAGUAGUUUAUGUCUCAGAAAGCAUCACGGAUUACACUGGUUGGGAGCCUGAAGAUGUAAUCGGCAGAGAAGCCUAUGAACUCUUUCACCCUGGUGACCACAAUAGUCUUCGUAAGGUUCAUUUAGUUAAUAAGGACGGUUCCUAUAUUAAGAUCGAAACUAUCGUUCACUACUGUCAUGACGUCAUUAUUGGUUGUAAUUUUCUGUACGAUAGUGAUAGUUUGGAUCACAAAGCACGAGUAAACUCAGUAGAUGAAAUCUUUAUUUGUCAUCCUGAUGGUUCACUUCAAUUGGCGGGGGCCUGGAACAACCGUCAAGAGGAUAUUUCGUUAUCCCUAGAAAAGGUUUGGAAUAGAAAGAAUCAUCAAAUUAUUUUGAAUCAGGAACGCCGGUUUUGUCUGAUCUUGAAUAGAUUUGCGGAGGCUCUUAAUAUUGUUUUAUGCUUCCAAACCGUCAAUAAGACCAUUGGAACACCCCUUUUAAAUUUUGUACAGGAGAAUGAUUUACCAUCACUUUUGACUCAAACUAAUUAGUACGUGAAUAUGAUAUGGUGGUUAGGCUUAGGUUUGAUUGGAUCAUUGAUAAAGAAAAGGGACUCUCGGAACCUGUAGAAGCAAUUGUAAGUAGUACAUCUGAUGGCUUAGUGAUGGUUCUUCGAUUAGCACCGAGAUUCUUUAUGGGAUAAGAAUGUGAUAACCCUUUAUUUUUAAUAUCUUUAUUGCAUAAUUGUACAUAUAUUGUAUGUUUAUAGAGAAAUUGUAUUUAUAUAAUCAUACAUAAUAAAUCCCCUUUUUUUCUUUUCUUUUCUUUUCUCAUUCUUGUAUUUAAAACGAAUAAACAGAUUAUCAAUAAUGACAGAUGAGGAACAAAUAGAGAUAGAUGGAAAAUCCUCAGUUGAAC